CGAAGCGAUUGGUUCCCCGUAUAUCAGUAAUGAUAAAUUAUCCAAUAAUUGACGAUUGUGAUGAGCUCAUUCGGUCCGUAAUUUACUCGGAACUUUUUUUUUUUAUUAUUAGUUUUACCAAUCAGUUAAUUGCAUACUUGUAAUCGUUUAUAUUUCGUUUAAAAGUUUUGUAUUUAUUUUGUAAGUGCGAUCAAUUGUGUAUUUUUAAUCGAUUUUGUAGUUAAAUUCAGAACAGGGCCAACGCCUAGUUUUUUUUUGAUAAGCAUAACAUUCCGACAUAAUGGCAGCAAUCCGUAAGAAACUUGUCAUCGUCGGCGACGGUGCUUGCGGAAAAACAUGCCUGUUAAUCGUGUUUUCCAAAGAUCAAUUCCCAGAAGUAUAUGUACCCACCGUGUUCGAGAACUAUGUAGCUGAUAUUGAAGUGGAUGGUAAACAAGUAGAGCUAGCGCUGUGGGAUACAGCGGGACAAGAAGAUUAUGACAGGCUAAGACCUUUGUCCUAUCCUGACACGGACGUGAUCCUUAUGUGUUUCUCCAUAGACUCACCAGACUCGUUAGAAAACAUCCCAGAGAAAUGGACACCGGAGGUAAAACAUUUCUGUCCAAAUGUGCCGAUCAUAUUGGUCGGCAACAAAAAAGACUUGCGCAAUGAUCCAAAUACAAUACGUGAGCUGAGUAAGAUGAAACAAGAACCAGUGAGGCCAGAAGAAGGACGAGCCAUGGCCGAAAAGAUCAACGCAUUUGCUUAUUUGGAAUGUUCAGCCAAAAGCAAAGAAGGAGUACGCGAAGUGUUUGAAACAUCGACAAGAGCCGCAUUACAAGUAAAGAAAAAGAAGAAAGGCAAGUGCACUUUGUUGUAAGUGAUGUCAUAUUUGAGAAUAUAAAAAUCUACUUAGAAAAUAAAAUAUAUCAUAUUUUUAUACAAUUUUUCAAUUUACCAUGUCGUUGUAAGGAUUUUCAGCAUUUAAAACAAAUAUACCUGAUUGUACAAAUCAUGGUGCAAGACAAAAUAUAUAUAUAUAUAUAUUUAUAUGUAUAUAUAUCAUUUUAUUUUUCUAUAAUAAACAUAAUUAUAAUCAUGUAUUCCUAUUGUUUGCCAAAAUGUGUACAAAGCAAAACUAUUGGGGAAAAUUUUUAUCGGGUAAUCACUAAUCAUAGUGCAUUUUGUAACUUAUUUUAACUUUAUUUUUUAUAUUAUAAUAACUGUUCUGUAAAAAUAAAGUUGAAACUACAAAAUAAUUGAACCAUUUUAAUAAGACUCAUUUUUCGCUACCUUUAACAUACAAUAUUUCUGUAUCGUAACAUAUUUAUAUAUAUAUAUAUAUAUAUAAAAAAAAAUAUAUAUAUAUACAUUUUUUUUAUGGACCUGCUGUGCCAGGAAUUCCAUAAUGUAUUCCUUAGCUUAGUUUUUUUUUUUUAAAUACUAUUAUUACGUUUGUUCAUUAACCAAUAUUUAUAUGCUUGUAAUUUUUAAGAAAUUUACUAAUAAAAUUUAGAUUUUUAAUUAAAUUUAUUUUCAAUGUUUAUAAUAAUUGAAUAAUAAUUAAUGGGUCUCAUUUAAAACCUAUGUUUUAUGCGAGUACUUACUUCUGAAUAUUCUUUUAUAUCACUAAUAUGUGACUCAAUGAUUUGAUGACUAAACAUGGUAUUAACAGUUAUUUUGCUAUAAAUUCCCUUGUUAACAAAUAUGAGAAAAUAUAUUAUUUUAAAUAUAAGAUUUAAUGCAGAUUAUGUUAUAAUCUACUGGUUCUAAAGAAUGCAUAAUAUACCAAGUACUUAUUUAAAUGACUAUUGUUUAGAAAUUAAUUUGAGAAAACAUUAAUUACAUUUUUUUUUUUAUGAUUUUAAUUCUUGUUUGAAAAUGUAAUUUAGUGUACCUAUAGCUAUAAACAUAAACUAAUUUUCCUGUAAACAUAUAUACUUUUUCUAUUAUACAAGACUGUUAAUGAAUCAAAAUGAAGGUAUAGGUUUUUUUUUUUGUAUUAUGCCAAUAUUACUUACUUCAGACUAAUAAUUGUAUUUUUGUUUAAUUUCAAAGUUAUUUUAUUCCCUUAACAGUAUAAACGUGAAAAACUUAACUUUAUUCAAUAUUAUCAGUUUAAACAGUAAAAGUAAACAAUAUGCAUGGGUUGUUUCUGAAAUAAAAUGUUUGUAAUAAAUUUAAUAGUUUAUGAUAUGAUUUACUGAAACCGUAGAAUUCGUAUUGCUGUUACCAACAUUGGUUAUCAGUAUCAUCAAUCAACGUUAUGAACAAUUUAUGCUAUUUUAUUAGUUUAUAACAUAAACAUGGAGUCAUUGGUUAUACUUUAUAAUUUUUACUCUGCAUUGUACUAAUUUAUACUAUUUUGAAUAGAAAAAAAAUAGCAUAUUGUAUUGUCAUGUCAACUUGAUUUCCAUACAAAAUAUUUUGAUAAAUGUUUAAUCAUUUAUAAGUAUUGGAAAUAUGUUUAAAACUGUAUGCAAAAUUAGUUUUUUACAUAUACAAAUUAACUUAUGUUAUUAAAUAAACAAUAAUGUGAUUUAAACUUGUAAUUAAUUAUCUUAUUUGCAAAAGCUUAACAACCUUCAACAUGUCUAAAAAAAAUAGUCUCUAUUUAAAUCUAUGAUUGAAAGAGUGAGAUUACUAUUUAAAAUCCAAAGUGGAUACUCAUUUUAGAUAUAAAGAGUAGGGGUAUAAAAAUAAAAAAUAAAGCUUAAAUGAAUCAUCUCAAAUUGUUAAUCAAUAAAUCACUAUAUUAACGAAUAUAUUUAAAAAUAACAGAUUUCAAAUCUCCUGAGAAAAAUGCUGGUUAAUGAUAAUGAAUAAUAGUUAAAUAAUAUAAUAUGUGACAUGUAAAUACUUAUUAUAAUAAUUGUACAUGGUUAUCAUGGCUUCUGGAAACCUGGAAUAGUAAAAGAAUUUGUAUGAAAUUUUGAAAUUUUAAUUUCAAACUUCAAUCUCCAUUUUCAUAUUAGCUAUUCAAAAUUCGAAAAAUAUUGUAUAUUAUUUUGUUACAUAUUUAAUACAUACCACACAUUUUUAAAGUAAGUUGAAGCAUUGUUAUUUCAACAUUCAUUUAUAUUAAAAACUAUUAAAUUUUUUCAAAAAAUAAAAGUUAAAAGAUAUUUUUCUAAUUCAUAUUAUUGGUAAACUGAAAAAAAACAUUUAAAAUUCAAAUUGGAAUUUCAUAACAACUAUGUGUUAAGAAUUAAAAUAAUAAAUAAUAUUUUAAUAUUGUAUCUUUUUUUACCGGCAUAGUAAUACUUACACUAAUUAGAAGUGGAUACUAAUAUUUUGAACUUUUAUUUUUUUCUGAGUUGUAUUCCUAAAAUCUAAGGUACUUAUGGUUCAGAUCCAUAGGCAAUAUUAUGAUCUGGUGUAAAAAAUGUGUUUGAAUGUUAUGCAAAUAGGAAUUUAGAUUUAUACCAUUUAAACCCCUUUAAAUAAUUCAAUAUGAUUUUGAUUAGCUAUAAUAUUUAAAUUAUUCAUUUAUUUUAUAUUCUUAAAAUAGCGAG